GCUGGCAUAGUGACUAAGUCAUCAUCUCCUUCCUUCUCAACUUUCCAUAACUCUUUAGACUCUCUGCUUCACUUCUGCCCUAGCUUCUUGUUUUUUCUUGCUGGUCUCUUUGUUUUCCUCUUUAAACCUUUCUGUAGCCCAAGGUUUUGUCUCGAUAUGGCUUCUCCCAUGGAGAACGAUGAUGUUCCCAUGCUUCCAGCUUCAGACACAUCAUCAUCAUCUCGUACUAUGCCUUUCACUUCCAGGUCACGUAGCACUUCCCUUGCAAACAAUUCUUCCACCAUUGACGUAUUCAACAGCUCGACAGUUGUUUUAGGCUACACAGAUCCUCUUGGAACCCAGAGACGGCCUCCAUUAGUGCAAAUGAGUUACCCUCUUUCCUCUACUCGUAGUCCUGAGCCUCGCUUUGCUCUUCCUCCUCCUUCUACUGGUGCUUCUUAUGAUUCCGUUGGUGCCUCCUCCUCUCAGCCCAAUGAGAGGAAUCAUGCCUACAGCCGCAAAGCUGCUCAAAGCCGCACUCCCAGAGUUUUUGCCACUUCUGAUUUCACGCUCCAUAACGCUCUUGAUGAUGAUGCUAAAGGCUGGGCUAAAUACUUUUCUGGAAUCAUAUAUCCUGAGUCUAAUUACGUUCAGCUCUGGACUACAUUCUUUGUCUUAUCAUGCUUGUGUUCUAUUUUCGUAGAUCCCCUCUUUUUCUACCCCAUAGAAAUAUAUAAGGAGGAGAGAUGCAUUAAGAUCGACUGGUGGACGACUAAUGUAUUUGUAAUUGUGAGAACUAUAACGGAUGGCUUAUACGCUUUGAACAUCGUGCUUCAGUUCCGAUUGGCAUAUGUAGAUCUUGAGUCUACGGUUGCUGGUGCUGGCCAGUUGGUUGAUGAUCCAAAAAAAAUUGCUAGCCAUUACUUACGAGGAAAAUUUUUGACAGACUUUUUCAUAGUGUUGCCGAUUCCACAGAUAUUGCUAUUAUGGAUAAUACCACAACUGUUAGGCACAUCUGGGGCAAACAAUACAAAGAACUAUUUACGUGCUGCAAUUCUUGUCCAAUACAUUCCAAAAUUACGUAGGCUUUUUCCUCUUCUAGCCGGACAAACACCAAGAGGGUUCAGAUUUGAUUCGGCAUUGGCCAAGUUUUUUAUAAAUCUUCUCACCUUCAUGCUUGCUGGUCAUGUUAUUGGCUCUUGCUGGUAUCUUUUGGGUCUGCAGAGAGUUAAUCAGUGCCUUCGAGAUGCUUGCGGAAAUUCUAGUUUUGAAUGCAAACAACUAAUAGAUUGUGGUCGUGAAAACAGAACGGAAGUUUUACAUGCAUGGAAAAUUAAUGUUAGUGCCAAUGCUUGUUUUCAAGAGGAUGGUUUUGAUUAUGGAAUCUAUUUGAAGGCAGUCAAUCUCACUAGUAAUCGUACUCGUUGGUACAGAAGAUACAGUUACUCUCUUUUCUGGGGAUUUCAGCAAAUCAGCACGCUUGCUGGAAACCAAGUCCCAAGUUACUUUUUUGGGGAGGUCUUAUUUACUAUGUGUAUCAUCGGACUGGGGCUUUUCCUUUUCGCGCUUCUUAUCGGUAAUAUGCAAAACUUCCUUCAGUCUCUCGGCCGAAGGGAUACAGAAAUGACUGUAAGACGGCGUGAUGUGGAGCAAUGGAUGAGCCAUAGACGGUUUCCAAAAGACAUAAGAAAUUGUUUCUAUAUGUUCAGGAGAGUGCGAGAGGUUGAGAGGCUCAACUGGAAUGCUACUAGAGGAGUUAACGAAGAAUUGCUCUUUGAGAAUAUGCCUGAUGACCUUCAGAGAGAUAUAAGACGUCACCUCUUCGCAUUUCUCAAGAAGGUGAGGAUAUUUUCGGAGAUUGAUGAAUCUAUCUUAGAUGCCAUGCGUGCGAGGCUGAAACAGAGGACUUACUUAAAGAAUAACAAGGUCUUGCACCGCGGAGGUGUAGUUAAGAAAAUGGUAUUCAUAUUGAGAGGUAAGAUGGAGAGCAUUGGAGAAGACGGUUAUCGUACUCUUUUAUCAGAGGGAGACGUUUGUGGUGAAGAACUUCUCACUUGGUGCCAAGAACGCUCUUCUGUAAACCCAGAUGACACUGCAUAUGGGAACUGGAUAUGCUUUGAAAUUUUCAGAUGGGACUAUAAUAAGGAUGCCAUCAAAGGGACUGCUUAGCAGCAGAGAUGUUUGGUGUGUGACAAACGUGGAGGCGUUUUCACUCAGUGUAGCAGAUCUUGAAGACAUCACGAGCUUGUUCCCCAAUCUCGAGAUUCCUAAGGAGCCAUAAGGUACGAAUCUCCACAUUGGAGGCUACAAGCGGCUAGGCAGAUUCAAGUGGCUUGGAUAUAUAGAAGGAGAUGGCUUCGGAGAUCGUACUGCUCAGUCAAUCAGAUUGUAAUCUUUAUUUUUCGAUGGAUAUUGAUGAUAUAAGCUUGGUGGGUUGUCAUACAACUAUAUUUUACGAUGUAGUUAUCGCUUUAAUAAGAUCACUAGAUCUCGACCCGCACAACCGUGCGGGUUUCUUAUUUCUAUACUAAAAUAUUUUAGUUUAUAUAACAAAAUUUACCAAUAACUUAAUGUAAUUUAGUGUUAUAUAUUAUGUAAUUCUAUGAUAGCUAUAUUUACGUGGCUUAUAUAUUA